AUGGCACAUCCAGAUGUUACUUUCAUUGCAGGUUUAGAUGUACUCAAAGAUGAUUCAACUAUCAAAGUCAGAGUGAUAAACCUAUGGAACCUUUUUUCAUUUUAUAACAAUGCAAAACUCUUCUCUAUUGAGUUAAUUUUGAUAAAUGAACAGGGUACCAAGAUACAAGCAAAUGUAUUAAAAAAAUACAUCUACCGAUUCAAAAACAUUUUAAAAGAUGGCUUGGCAUUUUACAUAAAAUGUCCAAGCUUUGCAUCACAAAAGAUGGGUGCUUUCAGGUUAACUCAACAGGAACAUAAACUUAGUUUUCUUCAUGACACUGUUGUUACUGAGUGUCAUGACUUUUCUGGAACUACAUUUGGUUUUGAGUUUGUUGAUUACCAGUCUAUUAUCUCAUUGGCCCAUCAUGAAAACACUACUAUCAAUGCUAUUGGAUUAAUCAUUGCAUUUGGUGAGAUGGUACGAGACAAUGCUGAUAUGAAAAAACACAGGCUCAACCUCCAAAUCCAAGAUGCAAAUGGUUUGCAAUUGAGUGUCAAUUUGUGGGGUGCUUUUGCUUACAAAAUACAAGGCUUUCUUGAUAACAACCCACACAAUCUUCGUAUCAUUGUUAUCAUUCAAUUUGCAAAACUUAGUAUUUGGAGAGAUCACCCCACAGUUAACACCUACUUUACCGUGUCAAAGUUGUUCAUUAACACUAACAUUGAUGAAAUCAAUGAUUUUAAGAAAAGUUUGGAUGGAGAUGAUCGCCCAGAUUCAUCCAUGAAUACCAUCACACUUAUGAAGUCUAAUAAGGUUUCUGAACAUGAUGAUUUCAUGGUUAAGUUUCAGUUGAAGACUAUUGCUGAUGUGUAG